UGCAAUGAAGCCAGAGAUAUUUUCUCUGUAACUCGAGCCAGUGCGUGUGAGAUAGUUCUGGUGCAUACUUGCAUGACACACAGAUGAAACAGCUCCUACCCCCCUGCAGUUUUAGCUGAAACUGUUUACAGGCCUGUAAUUUUGUUUAAAUUAAUUAUUACUGCUUAUUUUUCUUUAGCUUCCAAGGAAAUGGACGGGAAACUCAGUCUGAAUCGUGCUGAAACGUUUUCCUUCAUCAACCCUUGGAUAAGGUAUUUCCUCUUUUUCUUCAGCUUUUUAUUCUGGGUAUUUUCCUUAGUAAUAGUUGCUAUUGGAGUGUACGCUAAAGUUCAGAAAGCGACAGACACCGUUCGAGACACAUUUCUGAUUGACCCCGCUGUCAUUCUGAUUGUGGUGGGAGUAGUUAUGUUUUUCAUCACGUUCUGUGGAUGUAUUGGAGCUUUGCGAGAGAACAUUAAACUCCUGAAAACUUUCUCCCUGAGUUUAACUCUGGUUUUUCUGACUCAACUGGCGAUUGCUGUGCUGGGAUUUUUCUACUCUGAUCAGGCCCGGGAUGCUCUUGGGAAAUUUGUGAAAAAGGCUAUAGUGCACUACAGAGAUGACAUUGACCUACAGAACCUGGUUGACUACAUACAGAAAGAGUUUAGGUGCUGCGGCUGGAACAACUACACGGACUGGUCACGGAACGUGUACUUUAACUGCACCCAGGAGAACCCCAGCAGAGAGCGGUGUGGGGUUCCAUACUCCUGCUGCACCCCCGUGCCCGGAGAAGCUGUCAUUAACACAAUGUGUGGAUUUGGAGUACAAAGUCAAAACUUCCCAGAAGCUUCCAAGUCUAUCUACCCAGCAGGAUGUGCAGACAGAGCUGUUGUGUGGAUAGAAUCCCAUCUUCUCCUGGUUGGAGCUCUGGCAAUGGGCCUGGCUCUUCCACAGAUUGCAGGAAUUGUUCUCUCACAGAUCCUAAUAUCCCAAAUUCAGGACGAGAUCGGUUACGUUUUGUAAGCACAAUCAGUGAUGGC